AUGAGUGAGACGGCGAAUCACGCCCUUGAAGUCACCGCAACUCCGGCGUGCGCCUCAAAGCGUUUGUCGAUGCGAAACAGCCCGGCACAAGUUCCGCUCAGCUCCAGUCAGCCAGGAGAAUUGGAAGCAACUGGUUUUCCUCAGAACCCGAAGAUAACACGCCCGUCAACCCAAGGCCUGAUUCUGACUGAUGCCACACAGGUGACCCCUACAUUGCCAAUGCAUACGCGGUCUGCGGCAGCAGCAGUGGAGUCCCGGUCAACGGGCACAGGAAGUGGGCAUCCUGGAGUGCGGUGUGAACCGGCAACUGAAAGAGGCGAAGCACGAUAUGUCUCCACAGCGUCGUGGCAAGUUGCGAUGCCCAACACAUCGUCAAAGAAGCGAAUUGAAUCUCCUAUGCCAAGCCAACGCGGGUCCGACAAUCAAACAGGCGGCGCAAGUGCUACUUGUGCCGCGUCUCCGCAGACAAGCGAGACCAGGCAGCUAACGUGUGAGACGCAGACAUCCAGGCUGAAAGAGGGGCCGUCGAGUACCGCUCAAGGAGGAAUAGACGCCAGUCCGUCAGUCAAGGGCUAUCCCGCUUUUGGGGGCCCUACGCCUGUUCAGCCACUCGGCCCUGCGAAGCAAAAGCAGCUGGUGCAGCGCUCAGAUGCGGAAGAAGCGGACGAUCCGGCGGCCAACGGCUCAACAGAGGUGACUCCUGCCCGACAUCACAUGCAGCAAUGUUCCGCACCCACCAGAAGAAACGCAAGUGGAGAGACGAAUGCGGCAGGAGUGAAAGUCAGGGCCUCCGGCACACUUCGAGGGAGACCGAAGCAGAACGGUCAUUUCUGUGAGGGCGACGCUGUGCGGCUGUCAGCAAAUGCUUCAUUUUCACCCAAAGCACGAGGAGAAGGAUUGCCAUCAGUCAGCAGCAUCGAAGAACAAGGUGACGUUAUUCCCCUUAGAAGUUUCUUGUGGGCGCUGGAUGCAUUCCCUGGCGUCGGCGGGUUGUCGAAAACGGGAAAGCACCAAGAGAAAACUCCAGAGGAUGCUUUAGUGAAUUGCCAGCUCGAUGAUUUCGAGUUAGCGGAUUCCCGUUCUGGCGGCGACGCUUGUUUAUUAGGGAGAGGCACUUACGGCGUUGUGAGGAAACUAAGGCAUCGGGCAACAGGAAAAGUGUUUGCGGUAAAGUCUAUCGAAAAGGAAAGCGUCGUGCGCGCCGGGAUGGUUAGUCAGGUUGAAUUUGAGUUGCUGGUUCAAAAGGAUCUGCUACGACACCGGAACGUUCUGCGGUGCUUCGCGUGCAUGGAGGACAACGAGCAAGUUCACCUUGUUCUUGAGUACUGUAGCCAAGGCGAUUUGUACUCGAAAAUCCGGUCCCAGCCCCUAAGGCGUUUAUCCGAACGCGAAGCGUUCGUCUAUUUCUCUCAGCUUGUCAAUGGACUCCACUACCUUCAUAGCAAGGGAGUUACACACCGAGAUUUGAAACUGGAAAACCUCCUUUUGGAUGGACAGAACGUGCUAAAGAUCGCGGACUUGGGAUGGUGUGGUUCGGUCCUGGGGAAAAGAAAGAAUUUCAAUUUCUGCGGCACUCUUGACUAUUUGGCGCCCGAGAUGAUCCAAGGUGUAGGCCACGACUGGAGAGUUGACCUUUGGGGCGCAGGCAUUUUGCUGUACGAGAUGCUAGACGGGAAACCACCGUUCCAGUCAACACGGCACCUCGAGCUGAUUCAGCAGGUUCUCAAAGCAGAAGUAACAAUUCCUCCUCACAUUGCGUCCGACGCUGGAGACCUUAUCGCAAAAUUACUUCGUUACGACCCAGAGGACCGUAUUCCUCUCCACCUCUUGCCACAGCAUCCGUGGGUGAAACGGAUGUGGUCUGAACUUCGCAGCGAGUACUACGCGAAGUAUCCCGACGCUGUUCCGCGACGCAGCAGUGCGUCAUGUACACUCUCGGGCGCCGCUCCACACUGUGAGAAGCAUUCAAGGGCGUCGUCCGCCUCAGCCGUCCGUACAGCUUCGAGCCCAAGAAGUAGCAAUUUCCGUUCAGCUCCAACUCCCCUCCCUUCCUUCACCAGAGCAGGGGUCAGAGCAUCUCAUGCCCCGCAGAAACCGGCGGCGUCACAGCAGCUCACGCUUGAUGGCCGAUGCAACACGAAUGCACAUCGACACGAUGAUGCAACGUACAGAAAAGCCCCGCCUGGCGCUCAGUCCGCCGUUUUUUUCGGCGGCUCGACGGGAGGCGAGCAGGGGACCAUACGUGCGUCCGCUUCUCUGGGUACGAGUGCCGGUUCUUUGGAGCAUCGACGGGACAGUAGCGUACAGGAGGAUCUGUCCGCGCCAGAAAAAGAUUCCCGGCAAGCCUCUCCGGAUCAACUCCAUACAGAUCUUCCAUCUGAAAAGAAGACACUACUGCAAGGAAUGCAGGAGGGUUCAGAGAGCAGGAGCAGCGCAGGGUGUGAGUACAGCCAAACCGCCCCGUCAGAGUGUCGGCUCCUGCGCGGCAGCACGAUGGCUUCCUCCGUCGACUCGGACGUAGCUGAACGGUCCAAGGCCGAAAGCGACCCAGAUGAGUUCCAGACGCAUUCCACAGAUGCUCUAAAGGACGGAGCUCGCGUCGUACCUCCCGAAACCUUUCUGGAGAAAAACGGCCAUAGCCUCGACAGCCAAAGCUGCUCCGGGGGCGAGAGCUCGACCCCUGCCGGACAACAAUCCAGUGAAACGCUGGGUGAAUGGAACCCGAAUACAGGUUCGCCUGUCGACGCUCUGCGAGUGGACUCGUCAAUUAGUCUUCACUCACACCCUGUCCCCGGCGACGACGAGACGAAAGUUCCGCCUCGUGAUCUUCAUGACGAUGCGGCAGCGAAUCUCCCCUCCAAAAAGAAAAAAGUCGUUCCGUCGAGAGUUGGUCCAGAAGCUGCAUCCGCACAUGUUGGCGGUCUGGCUGGCGCCCGAAGCGCGCGUUCCCUCGGGCAGCUAUCCGACACCGAUCACCGUCGAGGGGGUGUGAGAAGGUCCAUCGCCCAGGCCGCACAGAGGAAAGCGUUGUCGACCCGCAUGCAGGAGAAAAAUGAGUCGGCGCGUGCCGCAUUGUGUGCAUCGCUGAUCUCCAGAAUCUUGGACAUCAACAGGAGCACGCAUGCCGCUGUCCAUGCGGGGACUGUCAUCUCCCCACCACCCGUGCUGCUGCCGACUCACCCCACAGCUCGCCCCAGCUGGUCUGGUUCUGUUAGAGGCACCGGUGCUGGACACCGAGCGACGAGCUCUUCCGCGACGAACCGACGAUUCUCAAGGGGAGGAUCGAAAUCAGCGGACCGGAAACCGGAGGGCGGCCCAGUUGGGACAGCUGCCAAAAGCUUUCCAAGUAAAGUUCAGGCCACGCAACAGGUGUGCAAGGGCCCGAGACGUCCUGCUGUGAAGGCAGACAACUACAGCGUUCUUUUCGAAGACGCAGACCUGUCAGACUCUGAGAAAAAUACCGCAGAUGGGGUGCCUGCCCGACGGGGCUCGCCUCUGCUGGAGAAAACAGAUGCUAACGGCGAGGUGUUCACAGGGGAUCAAACAGAGAGCGAACCAAGUGCCUCGGCGCAGUUUGGCUCUCAAUCGCGAGGUUGCCAAGAGAUGAGCACCGGAAUACGACAGGAAAGUAGUUCGCACCUCAGCCCUUCGACUUCCCUUUCCAACCACGGGGCAGGCUCCCAGGUCUCGGAUCACGCUCCACUUCACGCGACGUCUCCGUCGGAUGCCUCCCAACAGACUAAAUCGCAUUUCCAUUUGGAGGAUGCCCGGCAACCCGCAAGCGUGAUUACCCAAUCCGUUGCACUGCAGACACCACACGUCCCUUACCAGCCGAAUAGGGUGUGCCCGGAAGCAGCCGGAGAGAGUCGUGUCUGUCAAGGUUCCCAAAACGUUUUCUUUCAUUCCCAAGCACACGUACCUUGCCAGCAAUGGUACCAUAGUUCUCCGCAAAGCGAGAUCGGAGGCAGCUCCGCGACAUCCCACGGAGAAGGCUCGACAGGAUUUGAUUCAAAGCCGGCGGCCCCCGUUCCUGAAGGACACCGAGCGAGUGCCCGCGCCGCGAUUCGGGAAACCCCGCGGUGGGGCGAACUUGAUCAAGGCCCGUCGGGAAUUCCGCCUGAGUCCGACUCCUGUGGCGUGUCCGGCGCCUUUUUUGCACCGUUGUCUCAAGACCGCGAGCUGCCGAAUAUGAAUUCGAAAGGCGGACAUGGCACUCUGGCCUCUGCAGCGACAGCCGAGGCUCAGCAAUCGGUGUGGAGGGUGGGCGGAUCUCGGCCGUGUGCCGAAGAGUCCUCAGGCGCAACACCAAGCGGGUUGAGCCGAUCCGCCGAGUGUGAGCAGAAGAAUCGCGGCACAGCGCGGGACUCAGGCGCCGACAUGGAGGCAAGGGAUUGCGAGGAAGCAGAAGACUUCAGUGCCUUUGCAGAUCACCUUUCUGAGGGUUCUACCGACGAUGAGUUGCCUGGUGCUACACCAAGCAAUGCAGAUUCUGAGCUCCUGCCGUCAAAGACUCGCGGGCGGAUCCCGUCUGCGACGGCGCUGAGGCGACAGCCACGUUCUGGCUGGGUUUCGACUCGCCAACCGGCGCGCACUGGAGUCCCCAAAUUCCGAAGCCACUCUGAGCAGUCAAGCAGGCCUGUUAAGAAGGGCUCUGGUUCGUCUAAGGAAUCAGCCUUGGUAGCUUCAAACGCUCCCGUUUUGCCCACUCAGCGACGGGAUGACUCUCGCGUCGGCGCGUUUAAGCACGCACCUGCAGCAACUUCCAGAGGGAAGGUGGUUGUACCGGGAGGACCUCACCGGUUGAACAGGGAAACAUCCAGAUUGGGACAAAAGGGUACUACCCACAGAGGCUUGACACGACCAUUUCCCUCUGCGACACACGCCGGUAGCCCUAGCGGCGCACCUGGACGCGGCACAGACAAGGCAUCUGGUGUUAAAGGAGGGAGUAAGUCUGGAAGCGAUGCGGCGAGCGUUUCCAAAGGCAAGGAGAGCGCGUCCGCGGCUUCAAAGUCGUGCGGCCCCAGAGGCGAGGACGCCUCGUUGGCGCAGCACCGAACGACCGGAGCAGUGGCGUCAGCUGAGAGCGACAGCAAUGCUCGAACCCUCCCCCCCACGUGCCUUGAGACCCGAGACUCCACUGGUGCCGCAGCGAGCGGUCACGCGUCUCCUGGACACGCUGAGUUGGCGACUGGAAACGCAGAGGGAGUCUCUCAACAGAUGCGGGGGCCUCGCCUUCCGUCGCCAGGUCCGGCUAACAGUCCGUCACACCAUUCGCCCUACGUGAGUUCGUCUGUUCCGUUUGAUCAAACUCAGGGCCAGCAUUCUGGCGUCUCCGCAGGUCGACAGCUCGGGGGGACGGGACCAUUCACGAGUUUUUCCGUGAUGCGUGCGCAAAGCCCGCAGCCCUCGAACGUGGCUGCCUGCCGUCGUCCGCGCAGCACACCGCCCUCGGCUGUCGCCGCCACGGGGAGUCAUGCUUGGUAUCGUCUAGCACCAUGGGGGGCGCGUAUCCCGAGAGGUUCUGGGGGCAGAGUAAACGGAGUUUUCUCCCCAUUUCCUGCUCCUGUCUACCAAGAUCACUCGACGUACGUGAAAUCACAGGAAGCGAAACGGUACACGACUUGCUCUCGGUGGCCCGGCGUCUUGGCGGUUCCUGCGUCGCUGCAAGCUCCGCACGGCGGCGUGCACUUUGGCGCCGUCCCAUCGGCCGCGAGAGCCACGAAUUUAGCCGUGCCGAAUCCCGUGAACGGCUCUCACGCACACCCGUCCUUGCAUCGCCCCAUGUCCCCUCAAGGUGGAACGAGUCCAGUCACGAACUCCCCGUCCCCUCUCCGUGGGUUCCAGCAGGGUCCGUGGUUUGAACUCUCGAAGGACGGACGCAUGCUCCCAGCUGGGUGGUUAGAGGGAUCUGUGGGCUUCUCUCCGGGUUCCCCGCUUCCGGGCGGCGCCGGCGUGCGUUCCUCACAGACUUUGCUCCAAGCUGCGGCUGGUCAACAAUGCCGGCAGGUGGUCGUAUCAGGCCAGAGCAUCCAGGCAGCUUCGGCAGUUCACGCCGCUGCAGUGGCCGCAGCAAGUAGAGGAAAUGGAAGAACCCCAAACGCCGCCGGAACGAAUCUCCAGCCUUCUUGGAGCUCUCAGACCCGUAUCAUCCAGAACGUGAAAGGCGUUUGA